UCUGGAUCUGUUGCUUGCACACUUUGCUAACGUUGCACGGUGAUAAUCACCGUCUGUAACCGCAUGACAGUCGUCCCCAGGUGAAUGACGGUGUCUGCAGUGCGGGUGUUUGUGUGAAAUCACCGCACACCUCACCUGCACCGCGCAGAGCAGCAGGUGGCCGGGCAGAAACCCGCUCCGGUCCCGGAUGGAGUGAGUCGGUCACAAGUGAAGAGUUGGGAAACUUUCAAAGUUGCUCAAAAGAAAAAAAAAAAAAAAAAAAUCACCAACUCUGGUCAAUAUUUACAGAAGCAGGUUAGUGAUUAACUGUCCCCGGGUGCAGCAGCUGCAGACAGUCCCAGCAGACCGACAGACAGACGGACAGUUACUCUCACUCUGCCCGCUUCAACAUGCUGUGCGCUCGGGUCUGGAGAGGUCUGAGUCCCCUGUGCAGAGGAGGCCACCUGACAGCAUGGACACGGACCCAGAGCCACACCGCUGCUGCUGCCAGGCUGGACCUGAGCGGGAUCUACCCGCCCAUUGCCACCCCGUUCACCGCCAAGGAGGACGUGGACUACCGCAGACUGGAGGAAAACCUGCAGAAAUACAACAAGAUACCAUUUAAAGGUCUGGUGGUUCAGGGCUCCAACGGGGAGUAUCCGUACCUGACGGAGGAGGAGCGGGUGGAGGUGGUGAGGACGGUCAGACGCUCCCUCCCGGCGGACAAAGUGCUGAUGGCCGGAUCAGGCUGUGAAUCCACCGGAGCCACAGUCCAGCUCACAGAGAAGAUGGCGGCGGUUGGAGCUGACGCCGUCCUGGUGGUGACUCCCUGCUUUUACAAGGGCAAGAUGGACAGCCGCGCUCUCAUCCAGCACUUUACCAAGGUGGCGGACUGCAGCCCGGUGCCGGUGGUCCUGUACAGCGUCCCCGCCAACACUGGGCUGGAGCUGCCGCUGGACGCUGUGGUGCAGCUGUCUCAGCAUCCGAACAUCGUUGGCCUUAAAGACAGCGGAGGAGACAUCACACGGAUCGGCCUGACUGUUCACAAAACCAAAACACAGGAUUUCCAGGUGUUGGCGGGCUCUGCAGGGUUUCUCAUGGCCGCCUAUUGUGUGGGUGCAGUCGGCGGCGUGUGCGCGCUGGCUAACGUGCUGGGCCGGGAGCUGUGUGAGCUGGAGCGUCUGUGUGUGUCCGGUUGCUGGGAGGAAGCCAGAGUCCUGCAGCAGCGCCUCAUCGAGCCCAACGCCGCCGUGACCAGGAAGUUGGGAGUUCCCGCCCUCAAGCAGGCCAUGGAGUGGUUCGGUUUCCACGGCGGCGCCUGUCGAUCACCUCUGCAACCGCUCACAGAGGCCGAAACCCAGCAGCUGAGGCGGGACUUCUCCUCCAACGGCUGGCUGUGAGGUGUGUGUGUGUGUGUGUGUGUGUGUGUGUGUGUCUUCACUUUACCUGGAAACCUUUCAGCUGUUCAGUCCUCACAUCUGUCCGUGUGAUACAGGAUGAAGGGGGAACACAGCAAGAUAAUAAAUCUGCUGCAGCCUCUCGGCUCCACGUUAACAUCAACAAUCCAAUCAACUUAUUCUGUUUGAAUUAAAUAAACAUGUCAAUCAAAUCACUGUUGCUAAAAGCAUUCAUUUAAAAAUCAUAUAUAUCGUAUAUCUGUGGUUUUGUCACAGAAAAAAAACCUGAAUCACAAAUUCAAACUAAUUAACACAAGUUCAAAGUUGCUUUUGGAGGAACGAUUGUAAUUUAGAUGAUGGAUCGAUCGGUGUGGUGACAACACAACCACAGCUCAUGUCAGACUGGAUGAUUAGAAAAAACACAAUAACCAGCUGUUGUCAACCAAUCAGAACAAAUACUGGUUGCCUGUGUUAUUGUUAAAGAAAGAAAGUUGUUAUUCAUUCUUCUAUUUACUAUUAAACUCUAUAUUGAUUUGUUUUGACAAUAAAAUUUCAUUUCACCUUAA